GAAUUUAAUUGAAUUUAGAGGAUGAAGUCCAACUUAAUGCAUUUGGUUCCGCCAGUGAGUAGGGACAGAAUAAUCUCUCAGUUUCCAAAGUGGUACACACCUGAGGCCUGUCUGCAGUUCAAAGAGCACUUUCAUGCACAGGUCAGGACUGCUUGUCAGCAGAGCACUGGAACAGUUGGGCUGAAAAUAUCCAAAGUGGUUAUGGUAGGAGACCUGUAUGUUGGGAAAACCAGCCUUAUCAACAGAUUUUGUAAAGAUAAUUUUGACCGAGACUACAAAGCAACCAUUGGAGUGGAUUUUGAAAUUGAACGUUUUGAAAUAAUCGGAAUACCAUAUAAUCUCCAGAUAUGGGACACAGCAGGUCAGGAAAAGUUCAAGUGCAUUGCAUCUGCUUACUACCGAGGAGCAGAAGUUAUAAUAACAGUGUUUGAUCUGGCUGAUAUCCAGACUUUGGAUCACACCAAACAGUGGCUAGAAGAUGCACUGAAGGAGAAUGAGCCAGAUUCCAGCUUCAUCUUUCUAGUUGGAACAAAAAAAGAUUUGGUGUCAGAUGCUGUGUGUGAAAGGACAGAGCUAGAUGCCAUCCGCUUUGCAAAUGAGAUGCAGGCAGAAUACUGGUCGGUUUCAGCCAAAACAGGGGAAAAUGUCAAAGAGUUCUUCUCCCGAGUUGCUGCCUUGGCCUUUGAACAGUCCAUGAUAAAGGAGCUGGAGAAAACUGCUGGGCACAUGACCCAGAUUGGGGCAGGGGACCUCAUCGAACUGGAAAAGAAAACGAUGGAAAUCUCAGAAGGCAAUGCUCAAGUCAGCCUGAACUGCUGCUAACUGUCGACUGUUUCUGCAAGCACCAUGCUUCUCUGUAGUCCAGCACAGAGUGCCUGCAACAACAGUGGCUCUCAAACCAGAAAUAGAAAGUUUUCUUUUUGGAAACGAGGGAGGAAAAACUUAUCCAAACUUUCUUUCUGAGAGUUCUCUUGCUACUGCAGGCUCUCUCAUGCAGGAUGGUACAAUUGUUACGUAAGUCUUUCACUGUGUGGUGGAAACAUAACAUCCUUGUCUUCAUGCAAGAAGACAUUGCCAGUGCCAUGUGCUCAGCUGUCUGCCAGAAACACUUGUAGUCAAAAGUAUAAAAUUUGUAAUUUUAGUAGGUUGUUCUUUGAUAAUUCUCUAGAAAUCUUAAAUAACAAAGUUGCGUUUUCAUGGGGCCAGAAAAAAAAUGGCAGUUCAGAAUGAAGGGUGCUAUCCAUAUGUUUUUGCUUUUUAAGAUCAUAGUAAUAAAAUAACUCUGACUUAUGCAUUCCAAAUACUUUAAAACUGUUCCAAAAUAAAUCUUUUUAAAUAACAGGUAUGGAAGUACACAAAUGCAGACUGCAUAGUUUCCACUGUGGUUUCUCCAUCCAGGAAAAAAAUCUGUGUUAUUUCUAUUUUUCCACUUGAGAAUCAGAGCCCAGUGUUUAAAUAUUUCCAAGCCUAGGAGAAGUCUAGGUAGGAACUUUGUUGGUUUAUCCCAGCUGUCUAAUAUUUUGAAAAUGUUACCAGAUAAGAAUGCUAUUCUUUUCUACUCUAUUGAGUAAGAAAGAGUGGCUACAUAGGUGUGUGGCAUGGAAUACAUUAAAUAUAGUAUUUUUACCUUCCAGAGAGGAUGGGGAAUCCUUCUCUGGUUUGAUCUUCAUGAAUAUUGUCUACAUUGCAGUUCUACUUUGUUGCUAAGAGUAAUGACUUCUUAAUUUUUUUCUAACUUCUUUUGUUUGUUUGUUUGUAGUAAUGUAACGUGAUUCUGGAACCAUACACAUUCUCAGUCAUGAACUUGCUCAUCCCUAUCUGUGGUAGGAACUCUGAGCUGGUAAGAUUAGAUUUGAUGCUGCUGCUAAAUUCAGUCACUCUAUCUGCUUUUACUGGAUAAGUAAAAAAUUUGAUCACUAGGUGCUGGGAGCAAUUUGCUCUGCUACUUAAUAAAAGCUGUAAUGGUAGAGAAAUGGUUUUGCCAUUUGGUGAAAAGACUUGCAAGUGUGUGUGGAUUUAGAGGGAUGGGAAUAGAUGGAGUUCUCCAAAGCAGACACAUCCAUGCUAAGCCCUAAGGUACUUGUAUGAAGAUGUCAUUACUGAAUGCUUACAGUAGAACCUGCUCUUUGGACAUGCUGCUGUGACUUGGUGUGCUGGCUGGAUCAAAAAACUAUUGCCCUAGUUUUGCCUUUUCAAAUACCCUUUGACAUAACCUUGUGCAUUUAGUUCUUUAGAAAUUACAAUCAUUGUUUAGUGGGGAGAGAUUAGCUCUGGGUACCACUGAAUUUCAUCAAAGUAAAGCAGCUUUACAGUGCUCCUCUGCCCUUUGGGCAACAAUGGCUGAUGCCAGAAGAUAUUCCUGUUAUAAGUCAUUCCUGCUGACAAAUGACAUUGCAAGAAAUUGCUGUAAAAAGUAUUUGGUCAGUAUUAGUGAAAUUGUAUUACUGUGAUUGAAUAUGAUAAUUAGUUUUAAACUGAAAAAGUACAAAAGAAGUGAAAUACACUCAU